AUGGGCGACAACGGGGACAUCGGCAAGCUGCCCGAGGGGGUACGGAAACCUGGCGACGGUGGCGGCGGCGAGGCCAUUAUGGCGGCGUCGAGCUUGUCCUCGUUGAGGUCGUGGAGGAACCUGCACCUGUUGCCGUUCUUGCAGAACCCCCUAGCGAGCCCUAAGCAAGGGUCUCUUGGGCUUGGACGUGGGCCUAGCGGGUUGCUGGCUCAGAGUGGUUCCCUGUAUGAGGGUGUAUUCUCCUACUGUCUACCAAGCUUCAGGUCCUACUACUUCUCUGGUUCACUCCGGCUUGGACCAAUUGGCCAACCCACGAAGAUUAAAAGCACUCCGCUCCUCUUGAAUCCUCACCGGCCUUCUCUUUACUUUGUUAACCUCGUCGGCGUUAGCGUUGGCAAAGUCAACGUCGCCGUGCCUCCUGGUUCCUUUGACUUCAAUCCUCAGACUGGUGCCGGUACUAUCGUUGACUCUGGUACUGUCAUCACCAGAUUUGUGAGCCCUGCUUAUAUGGCAAUCCGUGAUGAGUUCAGGAGGCAGGUCGAUGCCCCUAGUUACUCCUCUCUAGGUGCUUUUGAUACGUGUUUCACUACCAACGGAGGCCAACCGGUGACGCCCAGCGUCACACUGCACUUGGCCGGUCUCGACCUGGUGCUUCCCGUUCAGAACACGUUGAUCCACAGCAGCGCGAUGCCGUUGGCAUGCCUCGCGAUGGCGGCGGUGCCUGACAACGUGAACAACGUGUUAAACGUGAUCGCCAACUACCAGCAGCAGAACCACCGUGUUCUCAUCGACGUUGCCAACUCCAGGGUAGGCUUUGCGAGGGAGCUCUGUAGUUGAAUAAUUUGAAUGCGCGGGCGCCAAAGCGGGUGCAUGUGUUUUGUUUGGGUGUGCGGGUGGGUGAGUUGGAAAGCAUCACGGGUGGUGUCGUAGUGUUAUGUUUGCUAGUGUUCUUUUGGUCGUGAUUCAAUUGACGUGUAUCGCUGGUUUUAUUAGUUGGCAACGCUUGGUCUUUUGGUAGCUGGGACAUCUCGCUGAAUUCUCUUGGUGUUAUUGGUCUCAUGUGAUGCGAAUGACAUUCACGGACUUUAUGAAAACAAUGUCACGUGAGUGAGGAUUUGAGACU